AUGUCUCCAGUUGGUGCUGCUCAAACCAUAGAGGCAUCGAAAGUAACAAGCAUCAAAUCACUUGCUGAAUCACCAGCCCUCAACUCUGUUCCUACUGCAUAUGCCUUCAACAUAAACCCCAAUGAAGAAGCAGAUCCUAACGAUCCCGAAUUCGCAAUUCCCAUCGUUGAUAUGUCCCUUCUCACUUCGGGGUCUCAUGUUCAACGGUCAAAAAUCAUCCAUGACCUAGUUAAAAUUUGUCAAGAAUUGGGGUUCUUCAUAGCCAUUAACCAUGGAGUGCCAGAGAGCCUGAUGAAGGCGAUGAUUGAUGCAUGCCAUGGAUUUUUCAGUCUGCCGGACGAGGAGAAGCAGGAGUUUAAAUCAGGGGACGAUGUGCUAGAGAUGUUAAGUAUGGGACCAGCUAUAAUCUGGCAUUGGACAAAUUCCUUCUGUGGAGGGACUUCUUCAAGUGAGGUGUCAAUGGAGUUCAGCAAGAGAAGCCGAGAAGUUGCAUUGGAGAAAACAAGAGCAAUUUCAGAAAGCCUGGGAUUGGAGCCAAACUACAUACAAAUGCUCGCUGCAAACUACUACCCACCAUGCCCUCAGCCGGAACAUGCAAUUGGUAUACCCCAUCACACUGAUCAUGGCCUUGUCACUCUCCUCGUCCAGAAUAAGAUGAAUGGCCUCCAAGUUGAGCACAAUGGAAAAUGGCUUACUGUCGAUGGCCCUGCCAACGGUUUCUUCGUUAACCUUGCUGAUCAGAUGCAGAUUCUUACCAACGGCAAAUACAAGAGUGUGACGCAUCGUGCCACUGUGAACAACAAAGCUACAAGAAUCUCUGUCGCCUUACCACAUGGACCAUAUGUAGAUACAAUUGUUGCCCCAGCUCUAGAGUUGUUGGAAAAAAAAGGCCAAGCUCCUAAAUACCUUGCCAUGAACUAUAAGGAAUAUAUACAACUUCAACAAAGUGAGAAAAACUACAUGAAGUCCACCUUUGAUCACAUACGAGCCUAA